CUGUGUCGUGUUUUUCUAUGGUCCAAUUUCCCGUUGGCGUGGUCACUUCCUUUGAACUUCCUUUUGGACACAAUGGCUCAUUUCGACCUUCAACAAAUCAACGUGGUAAAUGGGCCUAACUGUUCCAGAGGCUUGGAGGUCAACUGGAACCGAAUUGUCGUCCAGCUUUCCAGCAGAUUCUUUUGCAAAGCUAGUCCGACCAAAAACCUUUUACCCAUCAGUCACAACCAGCUGAUCAUUUAUCCAUGUGAUCAGGCAUCUGACUACUUUCCAAGAAAAGUUCAAGAUAUAUUUCUGAUCCAUCCGGCGUUGUCAGGGACGUUUCCAGUGUUUCCCGGCGUUGAUACAUCAAUCUUUACCUUCAAAUUGUCGAACGAUUCCAAAGAAAUUCACAUCCACGAGCACUACAAAUUUCUUGAAUCGGAUCCAGUCAUAUCCAACUUGUAUUCAAAGUGGGAUUCGGAGAAUGGAUUCGAUUUACUUGGCCAAGACAAGCACCCCCUGGAGCGACGGAAAAAUCUGCAUGGAAGGAACCUGAUAUUGUCCCAGGCAUUAUAUUGGCCAUUUGUUUUUAAGAGGGAGAACGGAUCCUUUGGUGGAAUCAGUCUGGAUGUCAUUCACAACUUUCAACAAACCAUGAAUUUUACAUAUGAAUUAGUGGAAAGCCCCGAUGGCACUUACGGGACCCGUCAAAAUCAAUCCUGGACUGGAUUUGUCGGUCAAUUGAUAAAUGGGUCAGCUGACGUUUGUAUUGCCACACUGACGAUUACGCAUUCUCGAAGGAAGGUUAUCGAUUUUUCUAUUCCCAUUAUGUGGACCGACUUGAGCGUAUUCAUCGCCAAUCCCUAUGACAAGGUCAAUUUCUUAACGUAUUUCGCCCCACUUACUUUGGCCAACUGGAUAGCGCUUUUGAUAUUAUUGGUUUUGGCCACCUUGGUUCUGGAUUGGACGGACCAGCAGUCAUUGGCAACUGAGGAGAAAAUGGAGUUUGGCCGCUUCAAGGCUUUGUGAUUUGUGGUGGGAUCGAUUUCUUUUGGACGCCGAUGGAGUGUUUCUCCCACCACGACCUCGGUGAGGAUCAUCUUCAUCACUCUCAUGCUUGCAGGGUGCCUCAUUAGUUAUCAUUGGAAGGCCGCGCUCAUUUCCGUGAUGACGGUG